AUGAAGUUUGUGGUCGAGAUUCUGGGUGGUUCAUCGUUCGAGAUUGAAGUGGAACGCACAGAUACAUUGUUAGUGGUCAAACAGAAGAUCGAGAAGUCUCAACGUGUCCCAGUUUCGAAACAAACCCUUAUCGUCGACGGCAUUUUUAUUCUUCGAGAAGAUCUUAACCUCGACCAAUGCCAGAUCUUCCACGAUUCUCAAAUCCAACUCGAAGUCUCUCCUGACGUGAACCCUAUUCACAACAACGACGAUCAAAUCCCGCAAACAGAGCAAUCUCCUCCAGCACCGUGGAUUUCAGUUGAAGAGUACUUUGCGGAGCAAGAUUGGCCUUUGACAGAGGAAGAGAUCAGAAAGAUUUACAGUUAUCGGCCUGAGACAACCCAAGACAUCAGUAAGAUUCAAGAUGCGCAUCAAACAGAGGAAUCUCCACCGUCAAACUCAGUCAAAGAGACCGUUAACAUUCAAGAUUCGUCUGUGAAGUUUGCGAGUAAGAACAACAACGAUCAAGUGCCUCCAACGAAGCAAUUUCCACAGUCAAACUUAGUCAAAAAGAUCACUAACGGAAAAAAAAGAGUCCGGCAGAUGCUAGUAUAUGUGUCGCCAUAUCCUGGUAUGAAUGAAGUCCCAACGAAUAUUCUGGUGCAAGUGAAAGUUACGGAUGAGGUGAAAACACUGAGAGGUCUUAUGAAACUGGCUCAAGAAGGGUACAUCUUUACGCACAAUAAUCAAGUAUUGAACGAAGAUCAGUCAUACGAGUGUAACAGUGUUAAACCCUUGGAUACAAUUGUGAUUGUUCCCAGACGUGUUAUCCAAGAGACCAGUAAGAUUCAAGAUUCGUCUGUGACGGUUCAAGUGCCUCAAAUGGAGCAAUCUCCAGCGUCAAACUCAGUCAAAGAGAUCACUGACCCGAAGAAGAAGAUUAAAGUAUAUGUGGUGGCAGCUUCAAGUGAGUGUAAAGGUCUGAAGAGAUUUAUUGAGGUGGAUGUGAACUCGACGGAUCAAGUGAAAAUACUGAGAACCGAGUUGGUUGAAAGUGGUCGGAGGGGUCAUAUAAGAAUGCCUCACGAAGGAUAUUUCUUUGUGGACAGAAAGAAAGAGAGAGUAUUGAACGAAGAUCAGUCAUUCGAGUGGAACCGUGUUCUUCCAGCCGAAACAGUUUAUAUGGUUAGUGGACGUGAUACACAUUUUGCCUCGUCUUUUACUCGUGGCUCUAAAGUCACAAUGCUUUGUGCUCAAAAAGUUCUGUAG